AUGGUUUCGCUCCGAAAGCUUGCCUUCACCUUGUUGGCGUACACGGCCACUCCAGCGCUUUCGACUCCCAUCGCGCAUCCCAGAGACCUGCCAACAACCCUCACGACUCGGUUUACCCCAUUCAACGUUGGCCACGUUGACCAAGUUGGCGGAAAGAAAUUUACCAACUUCAACAAUCAACCCAUCGGAACUGGCGGCGCUGCCCACAUCUACGAGGGUGUAAUGGACGGUCAACGAGUUGUCAUCAAAAUCUGCAGACAGGAGCCGAACGGCGACCAGCAUUACUUAGAGCUUUGCAGAGGAGAGAUAACAGUAAUGAAAGAGCUGGAAGGCAUACUCGAGGGCCAUGCUCCCAAGCUCCUCGCGCACGACGACAAUGGAUCCCAGGUGAGGAUUGUGAUGAACAGGGCCGAGGGCGGUGAUCUCUUCGAUGCUACGUCAGAUGGCUACGCCAAGUCGUUGGAUGGAAAAUCUCGAAGGAAGAUUGCGAAAGACAUCCUCGGUAUAGUGACGAAAUUGCAUGCAGAGGGUUGGGCGUAUAGAGAUCUAUCCCUCGAGAACAUCAUGUUUGCCGAUGCAAACAAAGCAGACGGAACCUUGUGGCUCAUUGAUCCGGCCUGGGCUAUCGACGGGGAGUCAAAAUUCAGCGGUGGAGUCACGGAACAUUAUUUAGCUCCCGAGCUUAUCGCGUCGAGGGAAGGAGAAAAGAGUGAGCCGAUCGAUCAGCGGCCGGCUGAUGUGUACGCUGUCGGGAUUGACAUGCUCAUAUUCGUAUGCGGCAUAAACAUGAAUUUCUUUACAAGUAAAGGUUACUUUCCAUUAAAUCUUAGCACGAAAGACCGCCAGCAAAAACUCCAGUCCAUCCUGGGAAAGUAUUACAAACUGGUUGGCAAUAAAGAUUUGCUCAACUUGCUAGCACAAAUGAUCGAGCCAAAUCCAGCCAACCGCAUUACCGCCAAGGACGCUUUGAAUAAAGUUCAGAAUCUAAAGGAUUACGACUUCAACCUGUAG